UUACUGCCUUAAAUGCACCGUGAAACACGGACUCGGCUAGAUUUCGCAUUCGAGUCUUCGCCAGCCACCCACUGUAAUAAUAGCAUCUUCGACGCAGCCUCUACCUAUUUUCCUUUUAUCACGUCCGCCUGCCAGAAAACCUGCCUUUUGUAUUCUCCAUCCGCCGGUACACGUCAAAUUUGAUAAUUGAUUACUUUUAACGUGUGGUACUUAACCAAACAUGAAUACCUCACCCUUCCUGACUUAUCCAUCAGUUCCGCAGAGUUCUUCGCGAUUAACGUUCAUCCUCAGUAAUCAAAUGAAGCUAGUGGUAUCGUAGGAUUAAAAUGGCGAAACAGAAUUCCUGUUAUUGCGCAUUAGUAAACAUACGCAUCGUAUCGUUGAUCUAUACUGAAGUUCAUUUCGUUUGUAUUUAACGUAUAAUAUCCGGAACUACGAUCUUAAAAAGUAAAUUUUACAAACACCCAACAACAGCGGCUACAUUAGCCUGAAGGACGCAGAUCAUCUUCGCCAUUUCGUUUUAACCUCACCUAAAAGACGGUUGGCCGUUAUUCCGUGAUCUGAUCCCGGUUGCAGCCGUUGUUGGCGAUGCAGAUGGCUAGCUGGUUGUAUCACUUAACAAUAACAACAACGACUACGUCCCUAAGGGUUGUUGUCAAGUGUGGGCUGUUGGCUAGCAAAAAAUCCUUGACAUUUCUCUACUGCUAACUAAUACAAUAACGAUAAACGGCAGGAGCAUCAACAUCUCGUCACUACAGGCAUGACAACUUCAAAGCUCAACACACUUCGGGACAGUGCCGACCGCCCAUAUCGUCUGCAUAACAAUAUUAAAACACACGAUGAUGAAAGUUGUCCAGGAGCGUUUGUGCCAGUCGCGACCCGAUCGUCCAGGGUCGUGGUAGAAAAAAAUAGUGCUAGGCUAUUUCGUCUGCGUGAUUAUCUGAACUACGAUCGCAGUACGCGAUGAUUGUGUAUGUCACCAUCUUGACCUUGUUGACAUGUUCGUACCAAGGCGAUUUUCUCUGUGGAGCAAGCGAGCACAUCUAUCAGGCUGCUGCUGCCGCCGCCGCCGCCCCUGCUGAAACAAUUGCAGCAACUAUAGUAAGACCAGCCUCAAAUAACCGUUCCAAGUACGACCACGUACGAUGACUUGUACCAUACGUUAAGAAAUAAAUAAUACAUAAAAUGACUCACAAGUAGACUUGCCGUUACGCUUGCAGUAACCAGCUGUAUUAUCGCGGAAUUUGAUCUGAUAUGAUACCUUGUACCAUUGGUCUAUGAACUUUAACUGAAACGGCGAAUACACUCCAGAUAGACUCGUUAGCUAUUGACGGCAAUCUGUGGUCUGAGAGUCGCAGCGAAUGAAACGAUACCGUAGAAUCACACGUAUUCUACAAAAAUGGCAUCCCUAAUCAGGCAGCCAUUUCGGAGGAGUGCCAUAAUGGUUAUAUUGUAUCGAUAUAUUUAACAGUUGCCCUACUAUGGAUGCUUGUAGUGGUGACAUUGACAAAACGGAAAUAAUUCCAGUUUGACCAAAGACGUCCAGUGCAGCUUCAAUAAACAACCAGUAGCGAUAGUUCGGAACAGCCCAAGCCCAAGAUCGCUACGGGAACAGCCUACCAUUGACCAAGUGGCUUUUCGCCUUUACUCCAGCCUGAUCUGCUUUUGUUUGAAGUUAGUGAUACACGUUGUCGUCUGCUCGUCUCUAUCUCUCUUUUCCACUUUAGUCCAUAGAAAUGCAUAGACUUGAUUGUGCGAUCUUCUCCCAUUCACAAGCCCAGUUGUGGCCGUUUGGCUCGACCAACCACAGAUUCAGCUUCGUUGAAUCGUUUUCGUUGUGAACGAUGUCCGUCGGCCGCUGUGCUAACGGCUCGUAUUGGCGGUGGCAGCACGACACUAACUAUGUGUUGACUCCAGCCUAUUUCGCCAGGACAAAAGGCCGGAUGCCCUUUGAUAUGGCCGUGCUCACACUGUUAUAGACGAACCAUGACAGCAGCCCCGACGACAACGACAACAAUAACAACAAAACGUGUGACACACUGCUGCUUCAGAAGUGUGACUGGGCCCUGGACGUUGUAGAACGGGAGUCACCGUAACAGACAAACUACGAGGGCCUCCUGUUGCCGCAGCUGCGCAUGCUGUUGGCGGAGACUCUGCCUAUAGUGAAUAGUCAUCAUACUCAUCAUAGCAGGCAUCGCUGCAACUUCACUUGGGAUUGAAGUGGCGAUUUACGUCUGUAGCAGCCCGUACAGCUGAAACUACUGUAAGGAUCACAAACAGCUGCGACUACUCUGCGCUAGGAGGUGAACGAGUCGCAUUGGAGGAGCAGCACUCUCUCCGGUCACUAUAGCCGCCUCUCCUGCCGGAGGCUAGAAGUAACAUCCAAAAUGACGCGAGUUUCGACACGGGUUGACGUUAGCGCGACGGAGGUGCUUCAGUACAGCGUUGGUGAGUGGUUCCGCGUCAGCGUGCGAUGGUCGCUCAGAAGGAGCGUAAAUUUCGUGUAGUUCAGCACAAAAUUUUCUAAAGUGUACUGCUACGGCUAUUGCUAUAGCCGUUACUGGUGCAGGUGGAAUCCGUCGCUCAAUGCGUUGGGAUGCUGGUAGUCUUGUAGCUACAAGUUCUUCUGUUUAUCACAGGCGCAGCAGCAGCAGCAGCAGCUAUCGAGAACUCCAUAAGGAUGUUUUGUAUUGUACGAUGACCUCGAUAGUGCAAAGAAGAUUUCAAUGGUGAUGGUAGUAAAGACGAUUGCGAAGACGCAGCCGACGAAUAACUGUACAGAAAGUAACUACAUUCGAUUGCCACCCAAAUCGGAUUAUUUGAUUACGGCUAUAUGAAGAAACAGCCUACGUACGAAACAUUGAUAAAGGAGUAAUUUUACAAGUGGACGUCUGAAGUCGGUUGUGACGCCUAUUAAAUAACAUGGGGUAAUAAUAAAUGUGAACUGUAGCUGUUCUUGCCACGCCCAAAUGUCGUUUCAUACUUUGCAGUACUAAGAACUUGCUGUAGAUGUUUGACGCGUGCUUGAAUACACGUGUAAACAGCAAAACCAAUAGGACAAACCUACUAAGUCGCUUAUACGAUAGGGACACGUAACAAAGCACCGGGUAAAUGUACUCGAAUCGCUCAUUUGAAAUACCGCGGUGCUCGGCGGGUCCUUCGAGACAUACGGUGGCCACACCUAGAACUUCCCGCAAGUUCUACGAUGCUGUCACCACACCGCUGGACAUCUCGCAGAGUUCACUAGAUAUUCACGAUAUGCAUCAUGGGCUACAUCAACAUCAUAUAAGCCAUCUCGGACAUUCGACGAUGGUUGGCAUCCAAGGCCUAGCUCCACCAACCCCGGUUUUCUCAAGUAAACUCCAUGAUGACAGGCGACACCGUCGGCUCGGGGUGGCCCUAGGUGGCGUCUGUGUUUUCGUCGGUGUGGCGCUCGCAUCGUGGGCGCUUCAUCACUUCGUCGUGGAGAGUACGCACACGCUUGUGUCACAGCUAUAUCUCAUCGCCAAUACCAAUCGAAACUUCCGUGUGAUGCCCGCCUGUAUUCUGUUCCUGUCAUUACUGACCAUCGUGAACGGGUGUUUGGCGUUCUCCCGAAAACUAUUGGUUCGCUUUGUGCAUUUUGUGCUUUCACUCGGAUUAAUCGGUGCGCUGGUAUUUAUUGCAAUCGCUGCAAAGAGGGCUGAACCACAGGUUGGGGAGUUCUAUCGGAGCAACGCCAUGCGACAGCUUCACGAUGACUACGGGAUCGUCCCUGAAGUAACGCAUAGUCUUGACUACAUACAGGUUCGAUUUCGCUGCUGCGGUUUUUAUUCUCCACAGGACUUCGACCGCUCACAAUGGAAGCGCCGUGGCCUUAAUGGACGCAACGACCUGCCAAAAACCUGCUACGAACUCCGCAAUCAGGACAUCGAUGACGCUGCCCUGAAUCCGGUCGUUGCUAAUAGCUCGUCAAUACAUAGUAUCAGGAUUAAAUAGGAAGCACGUAUUUCCUGUCAAGUUUGCACCUCCAUUUUGGCUUUCGUUUCGAAAGUCGUAGUAGCCACGAUUGAUUCCUAUGAUGUACCCGGAUAGAAUAACGUCAUUAUAGAUUGAGGAUACAAGCUAUUUGGUGCAUGCACCAGCUAAAACUGUAAGUUAUUAUGGCUCUACAGAAUUCAGGCUAUGAGUCGUUAUAUUUUUAUUGCUUAGACAUUAUACGAAGUUUUUACGUUUAAAUCGCUCGCAUUUUAACGUUUUUUGCCUUGUCCUUACACUGAGCAGCUAGGUAGCACGAAGUUAUGGUUCUAAAAGUUGCAGUUAUGCUUUUACUAUCUGUACCUUUUGGUGUCAUAGUUUUUUGCCCUAGCGUUAUUAGAACCCAAAAAAAGCAGGUCGCAUUUUUUUAAUCCUAAUAUGCCAAUUAGAUACGAACUAUUUAUCCUUUCAGACAAGGCUGUUUGAAUUCGGUUAACGAAUACUUGACCUGGGACAAUUGGGAGAUUGUUGCAGUAUUAUGCGGAACAACUCUGGUUAUCGCCGGAAGUGUGUUUAUUUCAUGUAAAUAUGUACGCUAAUAGAGAAAAUAACGGUUUGCGUUUUCUAUGUAUCCUACUAAAAUUGAGCUGAAUAAUAAAGGUAACGGUCAUGGUUAUCUUACAACCUAAUAAAAAUCGCAUUUUUUUCUUAAUUUAAUACAAGCUGUAAGCAAUCACCGAUAAAAAAACAUGUACCUAAAUCUGAUUCAAGUUAAGUUGACAAUGAGCCCAUAGUGAUUUACCUUAUAACGUAAAAAUCUAUAUAGUGAACUUUGUUACCACCAAUCGAAAAUGAAUUAACAAUAAUAAAGCAUUUAAGCUAGUUUUUCUUUUAAUGUUACCAGUCAACGUAUUUGAGUCGUGCGUUGUGACCGACCGGCAUUGCGUCUGCCCAAUGUACUUUUCUCACGUUUUUUUCUGAAAUUUCAGCGUUUUACAAUGACUUAUUCUUAGCCGAAAAUGUAAGCGAAGCGAUGAUCGACCCAAAUACGUUUUAAUCUGUAAUUUAUUAAAAUAAAGUAUGACACAACAUAGUAUGUCGAAGCUCUAACUUCACCGCCCGGUACAAUUAUUCGUUUGCUUAGGCAAAGCAUCUUUCACCGAAUAAAACUGAUAUGAAAUACGGUCUACCCAUGAAUAUAUCUAACAUC